AUGGUGAAUAAGUGCAGCGUGAUUCGUUGCAAAACCCUGUAUUCAAAGGAAAAAGUUUUAUUACACAGGUUUCCGAUAUUAAAACCAAAGAAUCUACCAAUCUGGAUAGCUUUCACCGGUAGAGGAAAUAAUUGGAGACCUGGCAAGAGUAGUAGAAUGUGUGGCAAUCAUUUUCUUAAAUCUGACUACGUAAUUGAUCACAAAAAACAUGUUUUGAAGAUAACAGCAGUCCCAACAAUUGAAUAUCGUGAAAUGUCUAAAAAAAGGAAACGAAAAUCAGAUAAAAAUGUGGAUCAAACGAAUAUACUUUUGAACGUUGAGCCAGAGGAAAUAAGUGAUACAGAUUUUGAAGUUGCGGAAGAAGACUAUAAUGAUUUAAACAAAUAUAUUAUUGUACAUCAAAAUGAUGAGGUUAUACAAUAUGAUAGUAUUGAGGAUCAAGAAUAUUACUGA